AUGUUCAGAAAGUUUUCAAAAGAGGACGUGCAUUCGAGAUCCAAUGUCAAAUCGUCCGUCCAGCGUACGUUGAAAACGAAAUUGGUUUCGCAGUUCCCCGUUCUGGAACCGGUGAUCGACGAACUGGUACCCAAGAAAAGCCAGGUUGAACUCAUCAAGUGUGAAGACAAAAUUCAACUGUACUGCGUGGAUGGGGAGGUUUUGUUCUUCCAGAAAUUUAACGAGCUGAUCCCAACGCUUAAAUUCGUGCACAGAAUUCCAGAGGCUUUCCCUACCGUCCAAGUCGACCGGGGCGCGAUCAAAUUCGUAAUGUCUGGUGCCAAUAUAAUGUGCCCGGGUCUCACGUCACCGGGAGCUAAGCUGCCAGAUGCGCCUGGUUUGGAAAACGACACUCUUGUCGUUAUUACAGCAGAAAACAAAGAAAACGCUUUGGCUGUAGGAAGAUUGCUCAUGAGCACAGAAGACAUCAAAUCCAUCAAUAAGGGUCACGGUGUUGAGCUCUACCACCAUUUGGGUGAUUGUCUAUGGAAUUUCAAUGUCGAUUGA